UGAAUAUUUAUUGAUCUAAAACUCCAUUAUUGAUGACUCUUCGCUACUUUAGCAUGAUGAAAAUGUUGCAUGCACUUGUUGUGGUAAUCAUUGGUUUCUUACGUGUUUUCCUAUUUAUGACUCUGUUGACCUUCACUUUUCCAUUGUAUAGUGCUGUUUUCUAUCUAUUCACAGUAGUGGGCUUAAUGAAAUCCGCAUGGAGAAUAGGUAUUACUGAAAGCUACAAUCUACCUGCCUAAAAUUUUCAACAUAUUCUUUUAUUUAUAGAGUGGUCUUUUGCAAAAUGAGAAGGUAAGAGAUGUACACAGCUCAGUAACACCAUGUCAAAAUUGUCUCCACCACCUUCCUCUGUCAGUCAAAACAGUGCAAAUGUUUUGCAGCGGCGCAGAUACAAAUGCGUUCUGAAAAGAUGUUUCAGGACUUUUAUUUCCGACAGCUGCCCUGAGCCUCGUGCUGCUCGGGUUACUUUUACUGUCGCAUACGUGGUAUUCAAAGGUGACGUGUAGUCACAUACAAGCUGCGGCCUUCAGACUCAAAGAAGACCCAUGAACAAGCGCAGCGGUAACACAGUAUUCAUGGUUCUUUAUAUACAAGGAUUUCGACUUAUGGGAAGCGUUCUUUGUGUUUUUCCAAAUUCACAACAUUAGUAUUUGCAAGUAGGUUGAUGACUUCCAGGGUUUUAUUCUUUAUACAGAUAAUUAACUAUUUACCUUCACUCUAGUGUGUGUCUUCACAUUCAUUUAGUGUGCUUUGAAAAUAAAUAUCCAGGACACUCGAAGCCUGCUCUGAAUAUUUGAGUUUUUUUAUUUUAUCCCGAUAAGAACAAAGGCAACAGAUGAUCCAUCUAAAAACUAGUUUCAAGUCCAGUUAAUUUGCUUAUCGUAGCCUUUUCAAAUGCAUGAAAACAAAUAGAAUAUCUUUUUAGACCGGGUUAGAAAGAUAUUAAAUAUUGAGAAUUUGUAUUUAAUCAGUUUGGUACUUAAAAGGACUAGAAGUAACAAAUAUAGCUCUACUCGUAUGGAAGGACAGGCUGGUGAGGCAAUGGUUAGAUUAUUGGUUCAAAAUGUUUUUUCUUUUUUUACUUCUUCCCUGAAUAUUUGCGCCGUCGUGUAUGCGAGAGCGCUCCCUGAGACUCCGAUCCCUCUUUCUCUGCUGCCAACAGAUGAGAACUUCAUUCUCAAACACGACAGAGCCUUCCUGUUGUCGAUGGCCAAUCGCGGGAAGGACACCAACGGUUCCCAGUUCUUCAUGUGAGUGCCACUCUGCACCCUUUGAAUAACUUUACCAUUAAACUGACAGGUCACUUGCAUUAUUCUUUUGCUUUCUGUCCCUUUUUGAGAACUGUAGCGUAGAAGUUGUCAUUGAGUGUGAACGUCAUCCACGUCGUCUCUGUGUAGUUUCAAAGUGCAGGGAAACGUGGAUUCAUUCUUUUUUACCUACAAAUGUGUUACAUUUUUUCUCUUGCCGUUUUUGUGUAAAAUUUACAGAAACUCUAGCAUCCUGCUCUUCCAAGCACAACCAAGACGGCACCUCACCUCGAUGGAGUCCACGUCGUCUUUGGUCUCAUCAUCUCAGGCUUUGAAGUGAUAAAGAAGGUUGAAGGGCUGAAGACUGAUUCAGCCAGUAGACCCUACGCUGACGUCAGAGUGAUGGACUGUGGACAACUGUUCACCAAGUCCGCUAAUGACGUACUUGAAGGCAAAAGGAAAAGGACUUCCCGUUCUGCUGACUCGUCCCUCCAUACCCAGGAUUCGUCAUCGCCACUUUCCUCCUCAGUGGGAUCUGAAAGCGAAUUCGAUGAAAGGUGCAAACAUCGCAAGCACAAGAGGCAUGGAAAGAGUAAACGUUCUAAAAGGAAAAGGAGGGAAUCGAAGAAGGACAUUGAUGUUUGGCCCGCCAAUCAAAGCUCUCCCAGUCCUGUGGAAAGAGAGACGCUGGAGGAAGACGGUGAAGUGGAGGCAGAGCAGGAGCCCAGUGGGAGGAGAGAGAAGCCUGUAGUCCGACCGGAGGAGAUCCCACCGGUGCCAGAGAACCGCUUCCUGCUGCGUCGGGACAUGCCAUCCCAGGAAGCAAAAACAGAGAUAGUUGAGAAAGAAGAACAGUCUGUGUCAACUGACCCGAAACCAGCCGUGUCCAAGUCUGGACGCAAGAUCAAAGGCAGAGGAACAAUGAGAUAUCAUACCCCCACAAGGUCUAAAUCGCGCUCUGCAUCUGUGGAAGAACGUAGGAGCAGUGAAACCCCACCACAUUGGAAAGAAGAGAUGAAGAGAACCAAAGUGUACCAACCGCCCAGCAUUGAGAGGUGGAGCAAAGGAGACAAAUUAAAUGACCUUUCCUCGAGCAGAUGGGAGGACAGAAGUGACUCCGCGUGGUCCCGGUCUGCAGAGCGCUCCUCGGACCGAAGCUCCGAGGGGUCCAGCCUGCGCCGCCAACAAAUUACAGAGAAGAAGAAAGCCAAACGCAAGAAGAAGGCCAAAAAACGGAAGCACGACAAGAAGAACAGCUCCGAGAGCAAACCUCAAGAGCCUGUCCUGUCAGUGGGUCGAAGGUCAGUGUCUUCCGAGAUGAAGUCCAGAAGAUCCCGCUCCUCAUCUAAUCUGAAUAAUUCGUCUACCUGGAGGCAGCAGUCCCCGCUGUCCUUGAGAGACUCGCGGUCCUAUUCUAGAUCCUACACACCAAGUCAGUCCAGAUCUAAAGGGAGGUCAAGGUCAUAUUCAAGAUCCAGCAGCCUUUCUAGGUCCAGAGGCCGGUCUUUGUCUAGGUCCUACUCUCGAUCCCAAUCCAGGUCAAGAUCAAGAUCCCAGUACAGAUCUAGAUCUUUGUCUCCACCCAGAAAAAAGAGUUUAUCCCGAUCCCCGAGAAAGAGGAAUGCCAGCAAGCACAAAGCGGACUCUGUGAUGUCCAGGAAGCUUCCAGAGAGCAAAGUCCCACCCGCCCCCAGACCCCCAAGUGCCCCGGCUCCUGAAAGUGCCCCAGUGAUCCCAAUGAGCGACAGUCCCCCACCCUCACGCUGGAAACCAGAUCAAAAGCCCUGGAGGCCCUCUUACAUCCACACUCAGGAGAUUAAAGCUAAAGUAGCUCCCAGCUCCUCUACUGGUCAAACAGUAGCCGGUAUUACAGAAGGAGCUCAGACACCAAAGGGCCUGCCUGCGGACUCUGAAAGCCACAAAUCUGCAGGGCGCUCACUCAGCAGGUCCUCCAGGAGCAGGUCCUACAGCCGCUCAUACAGCCGCUCGAGGAGCAGAAGUUACAGUAGGUCCAGGUCCCCUCAUAAGCAUAAAAGCAGAUCAUCCUCCUACAGCAGGUCAAACUCUGAAAACUCCCAGAACACGCCCAGCAACAAGAAGAGUACAUUAGGCAAGGAAUGGAAAGAGUAUUACGGCUCCCUGAGCAGGAUCAAAAACGUAGAUAAGUACAUCUCAACCCACAGUAUUCAAGAUGCUCUGCCAGGCUCUGAGAAGACGGCGAGCUGCGAGCCUGGUCCCGAUGCCAGUGACCCGAGGAGAAAUGGCUCCUCAGAGAAAAUAAAAGAGAGCGCCAGCUCACAGGAUGAAGACGCAAAGCAUUGCAGCGCUGUGCUGGUAGAGCGCUUUAAUAGCAAGUCCGAAUGGGAUAGUGACAGCGAUAAAGUCAGCCAAAGCAACAGAGCGACAAAGCAGAAACAAGCAGGUCAGUCCAAUAAAACGGUUGACAAGAAGCUGUCUGCUCUUACUGGAUGGAAUUCUGAAAGUGAUUGUGAGAAUAUAACUGCCAAGACAUUGGCCAUAUCUGAAAAGGAGGAAGGGGAGGCUAGUUCAGAAUCGGAGUGCGAGACCAGAAUGCCGUCCGAGGCCCUGGUGGCACUGGCUCCAGUAGCUGCUUCUAGCUGGCCAGAGGCAAGCACUGAGAAAGCCCUGCAGCCAGAGAAGCACAAGAGCAAGAAGAAGUCCAAACGCAAGUGUAGACACAAGAGAAGAAGUGCGAACAAAAGCGGCUCCCAUCACAGAAAGGACAAAGGAAAGAGAUCCAAGAGGAAACAUCAGAGGCUCAAAGAGACUUUUCACUGGCAGCCUCCUUUGGAGUUUGGUGAGGAGGAAGAAGAGGAUGAAUCAAAACGGGAGAAGCCAAGUCCUGGUGGAGCUCUCAAAGAACGGCCCGGUGUGGGCAGCAUGAAGGAGAGAUGCUCCUCUUUAAACAAGAUUCGUAAUGCAGAAAAAGAGGGAGCGCAACAAAAAACCGACGAAUGUAUCAAAAAGAGGCCGAAGCGCCCUGAACUUCACCUUCAGUCGUGCAACAGGAACGGGGCCAAUUUACCCAGCGUGAAAGAGCCGGAGUCAUUGGACGAGAUGGACCUUUGCACCCCGGAGCACGACGCCGAGACUGUCGAGCAUCCGGCCGCGCAGGUUUUGUUCAACAGCGCGUUAAUUCUCACAGCUACCUCAAGGUCCUCCGCCGGGCCGAGUAGAGGCGGGGCCUUACACGAGGAGCCGCCUCCCGUCCCCCUCACAACUUCAGCCGGCCGACUUCAAGACGAGGCACCGGCCUGCAGGCCCGCCGCAGCCGCAGUCAGCUUCAAGUGGAGGCCUUUGAAAGGAAUGUCGGCGCUCCGGGACGCCGACGCGCCGCCGGUCGCCGCCCAAAGGCUCCAACGUCAAGAGGCCCCCGACGCGCAGAGCGUGAGGAUGGAGAUCAAGAGCACGAGCCGCGUGCGGCCGGGCUCUCUGUUCGACGAGGUGCGCAAGACGGCGCGGCUCAACCAGAGGCCGAGGAACCAGGAGAGCUCCAGCGAGGAGAGCUCCGCCUCCGGGGGAAGCACGCGCUCCCCGAAGAAAUCGCGCUCGGCCUCCAGCCGCCGCUCCCGCUCCAGAGGCUGGUCGCGCUCCUACAGCAGGUCCAGGAGUCGAUCCCGCAGCUCCAGCUACUCCUCCAGGAGCCGCAGCAGGAGUCGGAGGAGGAGACGUGGAAGAGGGCAGUCGCGCUCUCGUAGCAGAACCUACCGGAGCUACGGGAGUCACAGUCGGGCGUCCAGUAGAAGUCAUUCCAGAAGUCGCUCCUAUAAUCGCCGUCGGAGAUCCAGGUCGGACUCCUACGACAGCUACUCCAGCCGGAGCGCCAGCAGGAGACGAGGGCGCAGGCGCAGUGACAGCUACAGGAGCUCCGACCGCCGAUCCCGGUCGUACCGCUCCUCCAGCGGCAGCUCCUCCGGGCGCAGUCGAAGCAGCCGCUACAGUUGAGCCUCGGGCAGGUUGUUGGUGUCGAGGCUGCCGAGGGGGAUCGAACGCGCACACGGUCACUUAGCGGCCAUCACGGGGAAAAGUCCCCAGUGCGGCCGGGUACCAGUUUAAUGCUGUACUGUAUGACCGUCUCUGUUGAAUGUUAUGGAAUGUAAAUAGAGAAACCCCUCUAUGAGCAGAUCUCCUUCUUUUGGGGACAUUUACAGCUGAGAACUAAAACAUAGUAGCAUAGAAGUAUAAAGAACUAUUUAUAUGGGAAAAAUAAAGAUUUAUGUAUUUUAUAUUGCAUAUUUGUAUAUUCUUUUUUUUAUACAUUGAAAUGUACUGUAAGUGUUCAGUCCUCUCAGUUCUGACUUAUACGUUGAGUUUAUGCCUUAUUUCAGUCUUUUAUUUCUGGAAAAAGUCGUUGUUCAAUGGAGGAAAUUAGUUUCUUUUAACAGUUUCCUGCUGUAAUUUGUCUUGGUUCUAAAUGUUAAAAGUUGUAAUACGUUUUUUCAAACAGUUACAUGAAUGUUUACACGUAAUAAAUACCACAUCUUAAGCCUA